AUGGAUGCUGUGCAGGUAUUCGGGGGACCCAGGUAAGUUGUUGCAGAGUUCUACAAGAGUUUCACCAAUUACUCAUUGAGGGUGCCAGGAGGGCUGCUGUAGUUAUAGUAUUUGGAGUGUUCAUUUAAUUCUAGGGCAUUUUGAACCUCAAGUGAAUUUGAGGAAUCUAGAGGCAAGGUCAUACCUGAAAUUCUAAUGGAAAGGGGAAUGUAAGAAAAUAGAUACAGAUAGUCAGGGAAGUAAUAUCGAUUUAAUAGCCAUAAUUCUUCCCAGACAUAUCUGUAUUUUCACCCAUGCAUUCAAAUAUCUAUUGAUUUAAGUAAGUGCACAUAAUUCUGCUUUGAGAGAGACGAAAGCAAAUUAGUUACAUUCACACCUAAAAUUUCCUCAGUGUAGGAGACCAUCAAUAAUAAUGAAGAGAAGCACAGACAGAUUGUCUGGCUGCUUGAUGUAUUUUAUUGUAAUUCAGAAACUGUAACCCUCUGAUAUUAAAUAUUUGCAUUAGAUCAAAAAACUAGUACUGUUCAAAAAAGCUCUAUAUGAAAAAAUAUAAAAAAUAAUAUUUGUAAUGGAUACAUUUUAUACAUAAAAUAUUUAUAAAAUAUUUUAUGUAUUUUUAUUAUUUUACAGUUUAUGUAGCAUACAUAGAUACUCUGUAUUUUUAGCUUAUUUAUAAUUAUAUACAUAUUGUGACGGAGCUCCUGUACUCCGACCAAGUACCUCUGCCCAGUCCACUUCCUAGCCCCUUGCAGGGACCCUGGAACGCUUCAGCCCACUCGCCGAAGCUUGACUGAGGUCCUUCUGGAGCUUUUCCACCCAACCAGGCUGUAGCUCUCCUUUCAGGCAGGUAUCGUCCCCUCUGCCUUAUACACUUCAACCCUGCUGAAGGUAUAGUCCCCUCUGCCUCUUCCAUUGCAGUCCUUCUUCCAGGCAGGUAUCCACAUAAGCAGCAUUCAUAAUCGGAUGCCCCUGAGGAAUUCCAUUUGAAGGACGAAACGCGUAGGGCCAGGAGAGAAGGACAUAGUGACUUUUUAUUUAUUCAUUUGAUUGUAUUUUUUCUGUUAUUUGUUUUGUGGACCAAGAAGCUGCUAUAUAGUUACUGAUCUCAGAGGAUCAAGUUUCACCAUACCCUGAGUCUGGACACACAUCCUAUCAUAUGCAAGCUUGAAGAAUUCACUUUGUAAGUGCAUUUUAGUGAAAAUAAAGCUAUUUAAUUUUUAAAGGAAUACACUAUGUUUGCUUCUCUUCUUCUAUUUUCCAUAUGGUUUAUGGAUUGAAAAUACCACAGAAGGUUCACACCCUAUAAAGAAACCUUUACGUGCCUGCUACAAGCUAUUAUCUGUGAGUUACUCUACAUUAUCUGUAAUUCAUCACAGAUUUGUCACAUCACUCCAGCUCUAUCUCAGUUGCUCAGAUUGUAUUUGUAUAUAUGUAUAAUAGAAUAUAAGAUGAAUCUUCUUACAAUCUUUUCAUUAUAUAAGGGUAAUUUUACCUCUUAAAUUCUCACGUGGUCUGGGGGUGCUAUUGUAUUUAAUUUUUGGUUAUAUUGUAUAUUUCUAUAAGGUAUCCAUAUCCGCCUGUAAUGAAAUAGCUCUUGUCUUUAAAAAGACACCUACGGCUCGCAGGCCUAGCUCUCUUGCUUUAUCCCAGGGCUAGAGGAACCCCAGGUGAUGAUGACCACCGUCACAUAUAUAUAAGCAGUUUAUUUUUCAUAUAUGAAAAUACAUGAUAUUCUUACCCAUAUGUGUGAUGUAUGACCAGUAAGGGCAGUAAAUCAGAAAUCUAUCUAUCUAUCUAUCUAUCUAUCUAUCUAUCCAUCUAUUGAUCUAUCUUCAGCUCAUACGUUUAAAUGUAAUUGUCUUUCAAACUAUUUUACUCCUGACAUGUUUUUAGACAAGAGAGAAAUAAGAUAUAUAUACACCCAUUAGUUUUAUCUGAUAACCUAGACUUCCAUUAACUACUGGGUCGAUAAAUACAUUUAUAUAGCAAUAGCAAUCCACUCUUUACAGACAUGAAAAUGCAUUUUAACAUAGAAAUUGCUUUAUUUCCAAGUAUCUAAUAAUCUGACUAUCUCAUUUCAUACUAUUGCACGGUAUCAUAGAAGAACAUGAGGAUGAUUUAAUCAAAACCUAGGGAGUAAGAGUGCAAUGAGCAAUCUAGUUAUGCAAAGCUUCUAAUGCCUAUUUUUUAAGAGCAUGUACCAGGAAAAUAAUGAAGAGCAAUGCUUUCUGGAUGAUCAGUUUGACACUGCAGUAAAUGUCACAUUCUUGUGACAAUACCAGAAAAUCACACUUGUACCUAAUUUAUUUUUAAUUAAUGAACUUACAUGCUAGAGGGAGUGGGGUACAGUGACACAAAAGGUAAGGGUAGGGUAGAAAAGUACAUUGCUUGGAUAGUGUCCAUUGAGGGUUUUGUGUUUUGUUUUGAUGACAGUUUCAGGAGAGGAACCAGGAUGCGGGAAGGGAAAGUUGUUUACAGUUUAAUUGAUAUGCUUUCCUAAAGUAGUAAUUUUUCAAAGAUUUUUUGAAGGAAUGGAGAUUGGGUGAAAGUCUAACAAAGAGGGGAAGUGCGUUUAGGAGGUAUUUGGCUCUCAUCUUUCGUCUUUUAAAUGGAUAUUUUACCAUUCUCCAACACGGCUACAAUUUUGUGUGAGCAGAGUUAAAUCCUUACACCAGAGGGGCACAUAUAUCAAUCUGUCAGCUGGGACCAUAUUUAGUGGCCACAGACUGACCAAUGAGCCAUAUGCAGUGUUUAAAGUGAACUCUGCAUAGAGUUUUUUUAGGUGGGGCAUUUAAAUCCCAUGACUUGAAAAUCUGAUGUGAACUCUGUUAAACCGUUUCACACACCAGGGAGACAUAGAUAUCAACUGAUACCUUGGUGUCCUUGCUGUAAGCUGGGGUCAUAUUUAGUGGCCCCACACUGACAGAUGACCUGUAUGCAGUACUCAAAGUGAGUGCCACGUGUAUCCUUUUGAAUUCAUUUAAAUCACUUUGACUUAACAAUCACUCUCAGCUGUGGUGAUUUUAGGGCUGCAACCUGUCCAAGAGUGACCCAUAUUGUCUAAAAAGUUUCUGACAGGGUCUCCCUGCAUGCUCUCCUGUUGAUUGAGAUCACUGAUGAACUUUGCCAGCUGCCUGGCACCUGACAGAGCAGCUUCAGCAUGAAAGAAAGAUCUUGCUGUCAUGCCAUGACUGCUGACCCAACCAGUCCCACAGGGGCAGCCACAGCUUUAUUUAAAUUAACAAUUUAACUCAGUCCAAAUCUGCCAGCUGUUGGGUGUUCGGUACCAUGAGCCUCGACAGCCAGCUCCUCACCAUCAACUCCGUGCUGGCUGUCGUCUCCCCAAUGUCCUUUCUUCCUCUGCGAUGUCCAGGGAAACCGCCACCGCGAUGCCCCUCCUCGCGCACUACACUGCGCGGGCAUCGCGCCCCCCCGUCGACAGCGCCUCCUCAAUUCCUGCUUGCAGGCCCAUGUUAAAGGUGUCCAACCCAAUGGGGGACAAGUGCACACUAGUGAUGUCCCGAACGGUUCGCCGAACGGUUUGCCGCGGAUGGCGAACAUAUGCGCUGUUCAGUCAGCCCACUAUUCGUCAUCAUUGAGUAAACUUUGACCCUGUACCUCACAGUCAGCAGACACAUUCCAGCCAAUCAGCAGCAGACCCUCCCUCCCAGACCCUCCCACCUCCUGGACAGCUCACUAAGAAUGCAGCUUCACAAUGGAUGCUGUCCAGGAGGUGGGAGGGUCUGGGAGGGAGGGUCUGCUGCUGAUUGGCUGGAAUGUGUCUGCUGACUGUGAGGUACAGGGUCAAAGUUUACUCAAUGAUGAAAUAGGGGGCGGACCGAACAGCGCAUAUGUUCGCCAUCCGUGGCGAACCGUUCGGCGAACCGUUCGGGACAUCACUAGUGCACACCAUCUCGCCUCAUUAAUGCAUCAUUGUCCCCUUCCAAUUCAACGUGCCUUACGGUGCACGAACAGGGCCAUGGUCAUAUUGACCUUUCGCAUAUAGCGUUCUGUGGCCUUACCCUUUCCCUUGGUUCGCCAAACUGGGUGGGGCACAAUCUCUGACCAGACGAGAGUCAGGUCUCCGAACAACGUGACACAGCGGGCCACGUCAUGCUGCAUAGCGUGCACCAGGUCCACCGACCAUCACCAGGUCCACCGACCGUAGCGCCUGAGCUGAAUCAGCUCAGCAUAUGACCCGUCCCAGGACAGCCCCUGGAUACCCCUCCAACGUACCGUUGCUAUCUUGUAUGGUAAACCGAGGUUCCGGCCAUAGGGUCUACUCUCGGCCCGUCUAGCUGCCCAAUACACAAAGGAGUGUCCGAUUAUCCAAAUAAAAUGCGGGGAAGAACCUACAAUGAAACAACAAAAACCACAACUGCACUGUGCCGCUGGCCUAAAGCAAGUGAGGGCGCACAUAGAGCUGGAACCGCCCCGACUGCCAGCGCCCCAACCGCUUGAGAGCCUCUGAUGGAAGAACCAGCAUACUCGCCUGAGUAGCCGCCCCAAUCCGGAAGGAGUGCGUAGUAUAACGUCCGGGAGACAAGCCAAUACUUAUCACCCCAGCCCGAAGCACUCUGGCGAAUUGAAAUCGGCUGAGUGAUGACCCAUCCCGAUGCCUGAACAGCGACCCUGCUGCCAUCCCACGUACCUCCAAGAACUCCCACAGCAACCUGACCAGGCAGAACUGCUGAUCAGUAGCCUUAAUCCGAACCGAGGGGCCCGUCCCCAUCUGAUCCGUCUUUGACCUCCGGAUGAACAACGCAAGGUCCCCCGUAGAAACCUUGAUAUCCGCCAUUUGCAUGGCGGCUGGCGCCCUCGUACUUGGGGCCACCAACUCGCCGACCCGCAGGGCAGCAAAGAAGCCAAUGGUAAACGUGUCCCGAAACAGGAGCAGUUCGUAGUUCGACACACUGUGGUAGCCGCUCCAAUAGUUUGCACAGGAUCUCAUUGGAGAUGGGACGCCGAGCGUCUGGCCUGCGAUCUCUCUUCCAUCCGUUCAUGACCCGCGUGACGCAGAACCACUGCCACCCACACCACUGGAACAGGAACGACAAGGCCGAUAACGUUCUCUCGGACACCGCUGCCGACUUACCCUCCUCUCAGAGCAACUCCAACAAAGCCAGCAUAGCCGACAACCUACCUUCCUCUGAGGACACUCCCCUACCACUGCAGACAUCCGUCCAUCUCCGCCAUACUGCAGAGUACGAUCUCCACGUGGACGCAGCCAGCGACCCCCUCACCAACCGUCUCAGAUUGUGGAAACCAGGUCCCAGCCGCCUGCCGGGCACGAGGUUCCAGUCUGGCCCGCCUCGGGAGCUGCCUCUCGAAACCAGUCCCACUGAAACCGAGAGAGAGAGUCAGCUAUAACGUUCCACUCCCCAGGCACGUGCUGCGCAACCAACCACAAAUUCCACUCUAAACUAAGCAAGACUAAGCGCCAAAACCGGAGGGGAUGAAGACGAAGACCGGUUGAUCACAUGGACAACACUCAUGUUGUCCGUGUGCACCACCACCUUCCAGCUUGCCAGUUCUGAACCCCAUAGUUCCACCGUCACGACAAUGGGAAAGAGCUCCAGGAACGUUAGGUUACCUCCCAAUUCGGUCUCCAACCAGUGGCGGGGCCAGGCCUCCGCGCACCAUCGUCCUUGAAAGUAGGCCCCAAAGCCCACUGCCCCGGCCGCGUCGGUGUACAACUCUAAAUCCAUGUUGGACACCGCUGGGCGCAGCCAGCAAGAUUGACCGUUGUACCUACACAAGAAUGAGCUCCAAACUUGCAGAUCCUCUCGAUGUCUGUGGGUGAUCCGAAUGAAGUGAAACGGCUGUUUGACUCCGACCGUCGCUAAUGAAAGGCGCCGGCAAAAAGCCCUGCCCAUCGGUAGCACCCGACAGGCAAAGUUCAGAUGCCCUAGCAAUGCCUGUAACUGCCGGAGCUGUACCUUUUUCGCUCCUUUCACCCCCGCGUCCAACCAGAACGCACCCCCACAUGCCUACUCUGAUCCCAGGACUGGGAAGGGAGCUCGCUAGCAGCUGGGCCUGGGAGCCUCUCUAAACCUGCCCUAAGCAACCCCAGCACCUCUUCCCCCUCCCACCCCUGUCUCCCGCCAGUGCAUCCCAAGCGCUGGCGCAACACUCACCUGUGGCUGCCUGAGGAUGCCUCCUCCUCCGAUCCAGAUUGCCCGACUGCAAUCUUCUGCUGCGUCCACUGCUGGCGGCCGGCUCCAGCACCAGCGUAAUCACGGUGGAACGCAAGGUGGAACGCAAGGUCUAUGACGGCUGCGCUCUCCUGCGCGAUGCCGUCACGUACGCGCCUUGCGUCCUGACGUCUUCAUCCGGCGUGCGCACGCUGCGUGGCGUGCGCGCUGAUGUCACGUCCGGUUGGGCCGGAAGAGAAGUGCGUGGGCUGUGCGAUCUUCCGGCCUCACCUCCGCCAUUGCCGCAGCCACCAUCUUGGGCCCGGACACCUUCAGCUGCCCGAUUCCGUCGCCUCCUGGGGACCGAUGGCCGCUCCAAGUGCACGGCCGAGCCGCCACUAUGUCUCCUCUCACACUGCCGGACCGGGCUCGGGGGAAAGGCGUGA